AUGGCUCUGUACGGCGUAGACUUCUGAGCCGUCGGGAGUAGUCGGGUUGGUCGUGGAGUCGUGUAACGGUCGUCGAGUCUGAGAUAAGAAAACUUUUACCGAUAAGCGGAUGAAAAAGGGUGAAGAUAGAAAAGAGUAGACGGUGUGUCGGUGUCGAUUUAAGAUCGCGCGGUGGUGUACGGCGGAUAGAAUUUUCGUAUUUCCGAAAGAAAAUUCAUAAAAAACCGCGCGCGAGGUACUGCAAAAGUUUGUUUCUUGUUCGACAAAGUUUUCACCAAGAGAAAUUCCAGCCAUGAUUACAGUGCGAGAUCUGAUUUGAGGGGGGAACAAAGGCUGAGAGGAAGAGUGAAGAGAAGAAGGCAGACGAGCAAAGUGCGUCGAACGUUUAAAAUCCGGACUCAACUCGCUCGCAGGUAUCUCGGCUCGCAGGCCAUCAGCCAGACAGGAUGUAUUCCGACGGGCACGAGGUCGACGGCAGCUGGGUGCUGCGCGUCUUCGUAACCGAUCUUCAGGUCGAGAGAAGCCUCCGGGUCAAGGGGGAACUCCACAUCGGUGGCGUGAUGCUUCGUCUCGUCGAAGACCUUGACAUCGCGAUGGACUGGUCCGAUCACGCGCUGUGGUGGCCAGCUCGCAACGAUUGGCUUACCAGAACUAAGAGCACCCUGGAUCAGUACGGAGUUGCCGCCGACGCCGUGCUCCACUUCACCCCUAUGCAUAAGACUCUCAGGGUUCAGUUGCCGGAUCUUCGUUGCCUCGACUGCAGAGUCGACUUCUCCGUGAAGACCUUCAACGCUGUCAUCAAUCUCUGCAAGGAGUUAGGCAUCAGACACCCUGAAGAGUUAUCGUUCUGCAAACCGCUCGAGCCGAAUCACUUGAAGUACAACUUGAAGGAUCUUCCCGUGAAGAAAAAAAUUGAAAUACAGAAAAAUGGCCAGUGGAACGUGUCUCCGGAUACCAACACUUUCAUUCCGGCUACACAGAGUCCGAGUGGCUCUACCGGCAGUCUCGAUCAGAGCAGUCCGUUCAUGUGCGCUCCGGUGACGCCGAAUAAUAAGAAUCACAGCACACCCAUAAGCUCGCCAGUCUCGCAGACUGGAACCUGGAAGCGUAAUAACAACUCAUCUGGCUUUGGUAGCAAUGGUUCCUUCAACGCCAACAACAGCACAAUGAGUUUAGAAGCAUUGAACGGUGGUCUGAGCGAUUCACUGGCGCACAGUCCAUCCUUCGUGUCUCCCGAGACGCGGUCACAAGUUAUCAGGCCAAAGACGCUGGUGGAACGAGCCAGGAUGAACGUCGCUUGGCUGGAUUCUUCGCUGUCCAUAAUGGAACAGGGAAUCAGAGAGUUCGAUACACUCAGACUAAAGUUCAAAUUCUAUUCGUUUUACGAUCUGAAUCCAAAAACAGAUGCUGUACGUAUCAACAUGAUAUACGAACAAGCCAAGUGGCAAUUGCUUGCCGAAGAACUCGACUGCACCGAGGAGGAGAUGCUUAUGUUUGCAGCUCUGCAGGUUCAAGUGAACCUCCAGGCGAGCGUGCCGCAGCCAAAUUUUGACAGCAACGGAGCUGCAACCCCUGUAGAGGACGACAUAGACGCCGCGCUGACAGACCUUCAGGUCACCUUGGAGGGGAGCAGCAUUAGCAACAGUCCGAGUGACAUUACUCAGGUUCCGGAGCUUUGCGACUAUCUCCGCUUCCUUAAACCAAAACGAUUCACUCUCAGGGCGUUCAAACGCUACUGGUUCACAUGCAGAGACCUUCAGCUGAGAUUGUAUAAGACUAAAGAAGAAUUGAACGGAUCUGGAUCACCUGUUCACAGCAUUAAUCUUCGAGGAUGCGAAGUUACGCCUGACGUUAACCUUUCGCAAGGCCGGUACGGAAUCAGACUCGAAGUACCCAGUGCUGAGGGGAUGACGGAAAUGUGGAUUAGGUGUGACACGGAGGAACAAUAUGCAAAGUGGAUGGCAGCAUGCAGAUUAGCUGCAAAGGGACGCAGCCUGGCUGACGCUACAUACGAAACUGAGGUCAACAGUAUAAUGGCGUUUUUGCAACUUCAAAGACCUGCUCCUGCUCCAGCAAUAAAUCCGAGUUCUCUAGAUAUCAAUGCAGAGGAUUACGUAGCUCCAAGAUUUGCGAAGAAGCUAAAGGGCAAGCUGGUUCAGAGAAUAUUGGAGGCUCACGCCAACGUUAAAGACUUGCCACUGAUCGAAGCUAAGCUGAACUACAUCAAGGCGUGGCAGUCGCUUCCAGACUAUGGCAUAUCUUUGUUCAUAGUUAAGUUUAUGGACAAAAGCAAGGAAGAACUACUCGGCGUUGCCAACAAUAGGCUCAUGAGGAUGGAGCUGAGCAGCGGGGAUCAUCUCAGGACAUGGCGAUACAAUACCAUGAAGGCGUGGAACGUUAACUGGGAAGUCAAGCACAUGAUGGUACAGUUCGAGGAAGGUAAUGUCAUAUUCGAAUGUCAUUCAGCAGACUGUAAGGUUGUUCACGAGUUCAUCGGGGGCUACAUAUUCCUCUCGAUGCGUUCUAAAGAGGCCAAUCAAACCCUGAAUGAGGAAAUGUUCCACAAACUGACUGGAGGAUGGGUAUAAGCCCGCUGAGAUCCCUCAUCUAUUUAUUUGCAGUUCGGCAAUAUUCUUCUUUCGUUAAGAUUUCCCUCAGUCACAUCAGAUACUAUAUUUUGAAGGGAGCAAGAAUGAAAGUGAAAUUUUCUUCUAUCGAUGCAUUAUUCACUAUGAUGAAUUGUAAAGGAUUAACCGAUCUUAUAGUGGAGCUUUUACUAAGAGAUUGUUAUUUUCUCAUUAUUAUUAUUAUUAUUACUAUCAUUAAUAUUGUUAUUACUAUUAUUAUUGUCCCUUCAAUUUUUUUUUCUAGAAGAAUCUAAAUUAAACUCAAUUCAUGGCACAAAAGUCUGUGUGUUUGUGUGUGCGUGUCUGCGCUUGAAUGUGU